AUGGCGGAUCUAUCCAUCGAUGAGGCGAACAAGAUUCGUCUGUCUAUGGGUCUCUCCGCUCUUCCCGGUGGAAGUACCCCCGCUGCGCCCGCAUCGUCAUCAGGUCUCGAUUUCAAGGCAGCGCAAAAUGGCGACGACUCGGACGAAGAGCCUGCGAGCACUAUCGAGACGCGUGAGGCUGCCGCUUCGGAUAAUUGGAAAAAGCUAGAAGAGGAGAGACUGGCUAAGAUAAGACGCGAGGAGCGCGCCGCCGCCAUCAAGAAGGAGCGCGAAAAGGCGGCGCGCUUUGCGAAGCUUGAGGGCAAGGGGCUGGCAGAUGAAGCUGAUGUCGACGACGACUUGGCAUGGUUGAAGAGCAGCAAGAAGCGCCAGAAGAAGAUCGCCAAGGAAGAACAGAUGCGUAAGGAGCUUGAAGAGCGCGAGCGCCAGGCACUCGAGGCCAUGCAGUAUACCGAUAAAGACCUUGCGGGUGUCAAAGUCGGACACGAGGUCGAUCAGUUUGACGAUGAGGACCAGAUUCUUGUCCUCAAAGACACCGCAGUCGAUGGAGAAGAAGAUGACGAGCUAGAGGCGGUUUCGCUGAGAGAAAAGGAGCGACUACAAGAGCGACUCGAUUCGAAAAAGCGGAAGCGCGCAUACGAUCCCAACGACAUGGAUGAAUCAGGUCAAAAGUCGAUACUGGCACAAUACGACGAAGAGAUUGAGGGCAAGAAGGGCAAGGCUUUCACACUGGACGGCAAGGGCAGAACUGUUGAAGACGUACAAGCAGAGGUUGCGGGUGCUUCAAAGCCAAAGAAGGUUGCUAUCAGUCUAGACAUACUCAAAGAAGAUGCGCCUACCAACGACUACAUGGAUAUUUCAGAAGUCAAGAUGAAGAAGCCCAAGAAGAAGAAGAGCAAGAAGUCCAAGAGAGAACGCGUCGAAGACGAAGACGAACUAGCAGCUAUGGCCACGGAAGAACCUGCAGCUGGCGACGACAUGGAUCUUGACGGCGGUGAAGUUUCAGCACCACAACAGAAGAAAAAGAAGGUCUUUGACGAGUCUUUCGUGGAUGACGAUGACCUUCAAGCAAAUCUCGCAGCACAGCGGCAGAAAGCCCUCAAGAAGCGCAAGAAGAUGCGACCAGAAGACCUUGCACGGCAAAUGCGUGAGGAAGCAUCUACACCUCAGCCAGACGUUAUGGAGUCUACUGAAGACGGCGACGGUGCCCUUGUCAUCGACGAAACGACCGAGUUCGUACAAAACCUAGGUGCCGCUGGAGACGCCGACGAAGAGGAGGCCCGCCGGAAGCGUAGGAAGUCAAGCCACAUUUCGGAGGGCACCAAGUCUACGGGCGAUAUCCCCGUUGCUGAUGAGGACGGCGAUAUCGACAUGGGACAAUCAUACGCCGAAGCAGCCGAAGCGGAAGAGGCCCGCAACCGCAGCGUUUCUCGCGCUAGGUCCACUGAGAUUACUGAGACGGGUCUUGAGGCUGAGAAGACUGUCGAUCAAGGUCUGGGUGCCACACUUGCCCUGCUCAAGCAACGAGGCCUGGUCACACAGACCGACGCCGGAGACAAAAACGCCAUGUACCGUGACCGCCAGAAGUUCCUUGCCGAUAAGCUCAAGGCCGAAGCCGAUGCAGAACGCCAACGUAAGAUUGCUCGUGAACGCGAACGAGGCUCCGCUCGCUGGAACAACAUGACCCCCCGCGAACGUGAAGAGUGGGCACGCAAGAACAACACAAGCGCCGACAUGGUUGAGAGCCGCCGUCUUGCUGAGCUCUUUAACAAGGAGUACACACCCAAUAUCGAACUCAAAUAUGUCGAUGAACACGGCCGACAUAUGAACCAGAAAGAAGCGUUCAAGCAGCUCAGUCACCAGUUCCACGGCAAAGGCAGCGGAAACACGAAGACGAAGAAGCAACUUGAUAAAAUUGCUGCUGAAAACAAGAGGAUGGCUGAAAGUUCGCUCGAAGCUAGCCGGAGUGGAGGUGGUGGAUUGGGCAAUGCUUUCGAUGACCAGGCGAAGAAGAAGGGUACUGCUGGUGUUCGUCUGCAGUAG